AUGAAUCAGAAUAUUAAUGCAUUAACGUUAGAUUCCUUACCAGUGGGAUUGAGAUUCCGUCCAACAGACGAGGAGUUAGUCCGUUUCUAUCUCCGCAGUAAAAUCAACGGCCACGACUACAACGUCAAAGCUAUCCGAGAGAUCGAUAUCUGCAAAUGGGAACCUAGGGAUUUACCUGUUAUUGCUUUUUUUGGUCGAACAUUGCUGGUCGAGGAUGUGAUGUUGUUAAUGUUCACAUAA